AUGGUGAUUUAUUCAACCAAUUAUCUAUACUCUUGACAAGCAUGGAGAUAAGAUUAGAAGUUUUGACAUCAACAAGUAUCAAGCAGAAAAAACCCUGGCCGCGAGUCUCUUGGUUGGGACAGGAAAAUGAAUCUGUUUUUCUUUUGGAUGAUAAAUUCAUAAAUGAAAUUAAUUUAAGAUCAGGAAGGACAACAAAGAAAAUUCCCAUUCUGCAGCCUGUGUUGAAGGAUGCUAUUGCACUAACAACAUCCAGUAAUGAUGCUUGGCUGGCUGGGGUACUCACUACAGGAGAGCUUUUUCUUUGGAACAAAGAUAAAGAUUGCUUGAAAAUUAUACAAGCAGCUAAAGAGCCUCAGGAAAUGAUUAAAGCUGCUGUAGCAAGCUCUUUGAGACUGUAUUUAUAUGUAUCUGGAAAUGGAAAGAGAGUCCUGCUCACUACACUUUCCGGAUGCUUAUUCCUUUGGGAGCAUUUGGAUGCUAAGAGUGUCCUGUCUUCUAAAAGCCCUUCUCUGGUGGGCCAGUGGUCCCAUGUCAGACCUGAAGAAACAGUUCUUCUGCCUUCCACCGAAGACAAGGAAGCUGCAGUGCAUGCUGUUUUUAUAAACAAUGAGUUAUUUGGAGAUUGCUGCUUGUGUUCGUUUGCAUUUUAUUCUGGGGACUACCUUAAGUUAACAUUUCUGGCAACUCGGUGGCAUGAGCAUGUAUUUACCCCUAUAAGAUCAUUGCUAUAUCGUGUUCAUUGGGCACAACAAGACUGUUUCCUUGGCAGUCUCAUUCCUAAGUGUGAAUCAGUGAAGUCCAGAGGAGCUCUGAUUUCUGCCUUUUCAAGAGAUGGCCUUACCCUGGCAGUAGCUCUCAAUCAGAGAGACCCAAAGGCAACUCAGGUAUUAUUUAUAAACACACUGAAUUUUGCAACCACCUCUGGUAGCCUUAAAGGAUGUAGUAACAAGAAUCCUGUCCUUCCAGCUGCACUUACCAGGUCCUACUGGGUAGGUGAUAUCAGCUGGACACAUGAUAAUCUUUUUCUGGCUUGCAUGUUAAAGCGUGGCUCCCUGGUUUUACUGACCUCCCAGGGCGAGUUGCUAACGUUAGUUACAUUUGGUUGCUCUAUAGAAUUUGGACCAGCUGAAUUUAUUCCAUUUCAUCCACUAAUAACAUAUAGACCUCAGCAGUUUACAUUUCAAGAUUCAAAUAAUUCUGUAGAUUCAUCGGCUUCUGAUGGUGAUCCUACAAGGCAGAGGUUUUCUGUAAAAGCACAUUCCUGGCUCCCCUACCUCAUUAUUUCUGAUGGCUAUAUGGUCACAACCCUUCGGUUUCUUGAUAAGCUGUCUCCGUCAGUUCUCAUGAGAUCACUUCUACUUGAUUCAACCCAGAGGCUGGAGAAAACAUACCAAAGUGUGAUAUUGUCCAAGCCCAGAGGGAAAGGACUGAACCUCCGAUCACUGGAUUCCCUAAGGUCUAGUCUGUUAAAACACCAAGGAAAUGACACUUCAGUUGAUUCAACUGUCCCCAAAUUCUUACAGAUAGAAGAAACAUUGGAGUUAAAUGAAAAAACAGGGGAUUUGCAAGAUUUUGAAAUGGAAGAAAUUAAUGAAGGCAAACACUUUCCAAAUAGCCCAUUUCCAUUUUGGAACCAAAAAAAUGAUCCAUUAUUUAGUAGUUUCAAGGAGGGAAGAUUAGAAUUUGCGUCUAUGUUUGAUACGAUACAUGCAAAGAAUGACACAGAGGAGGCAGGUGGGACCAUUACUGAACUGCACUCUAUCCAGAAAAAUCUCCUUGCAGCAUGGAAUAUAGGAAUUUCAAAAAAUGUGACCGAAAAAAAUGUCAUGCUAAAUUACACAGUCAUUUGUAUUACUCAUUUUUUAUACAUUCUUCAGUUUGUCAAAUGUCCUUUCCCUAAACUUGAUAUUUUUUCAGGUAAGAGCCCAAGAGAUAAUGCAUGGGUGCUUUGUAUCUUUCAACUUUUUCAUCAUUGUUUAUCAAUCCAAUACUGGGAUAUGAGACAUAAACAAGACUUGGGACAUUUGGUAAAACUGACUUCACAUACCAUGAAACUUUUGUUGAAUCAGCAACAACUAGAUCAAUCAUUCUCAGAGAAGCUUUUAGCCUGUUUUUAUUUACUCAGAAUGGUGGCUUCCAACUUAAAUGGUGUAUAUCAACUUCAACCUGAAAUUAUUUUUACAUCAACUGAUGGAAAUAGAACAACAAAUCAAGACUCCUUGGUGGUACCUAUUUUCCAAAUGUUUCAAAGCUAUGGCCCUCAGGAAAAGUGGUCUUGGGACUCACCUUUCAAGAUACAACCUCAAGUCGUAAAUCUUGUUCAACAGCCAUGCCACAGAUUAAUAACUCUCUGGAGAAUAUUGUACCAAAAAUCAUUAUGGUAUCAAGCACAAUUAAGUCGAAGAGUUUUUAAAGGUGACAGGCAGUUGACCGAAGCCGUGACACAUGAAGCAUCUAUUGUCAGAUCCCUGCUCUGUCAUGUACAGGCUAACUUACAGGCUGCUGGAGAUCACUUGAGCCAAACCUUAGAACUGAAAUCUAUAAAUGGUGAAGAACAUUUUCUGUUAGGAUCAUAUGAAAAAUCUGUUCUGCUGUGGAAGAAAGCUCUACAAGAAACUCUAGAGAAAGGAGGAAAAAGGACUUCCUUUCUUCAGAUUCGCUAUUAUCUUUCUCUCUUGUACUGCCAUCUGUAUACCUAUAAUUUGAACGACGCUCAAGGAUUGUGUGAUCAUCUAGUAAGAGAAAUACUGAAAUGGUCCCGCCUACCUGUACAGCACAAUGAAGAGUGUUCAGGUCCCAAGAAGACUCCCUGUGAGUUUGGAAUGGCAGACCAUGUCCACCCUGAGGCAGCAGUGAGGGUGAUUCAGUCCAUGGCUCGGUUCAUGGCCGCCUAUUUCACCAAUCAGCUGCUUUGCAUUCUGCCACCUCACAAUGUGAAUGUUCUUCCCCCACUUCAUGUUAAAACAGAGCAGUCCCUUCGAUUGAUUCCUCUACAACAUUCGAAGGUGGCCAGUGUUGUGAGAGACCAGAAUCUCUCUAAUAUGUGGACAGUUGAAUAUGCACUUGAAUUAUUACUUAUUGGUGGCCUGGUUCCAGAAGCAGUGUGGUUGGCCCAUAAACUUGGAGACUGGAAGACAUCUGUAUCUAUUGGUGUGGCUUUCCAACUGUUCUGUAAGCAUGAUAGCAAUUUCACAAGAAAUCUUAAUAAUACUUAUCCCAAGAAAACCAGUGAUGACCUUUGGUUUCUAUACAUUCCAGGUAUUUCAUACAAGUGGGAUUUCCCUCAGCAUCUUGAUUAUCCCAUUGAGGAGGAAGACGCAAAUCAUCUCUGUGGGUCAGUGCAAGAAGUCCUGAAAGCAGCAGUGAUGGCUGACGCAGAUAUUCUCUCAGACACAUUUCAGCUUUUGAUCAGCUCUGCCAAGGACUUCAGUAAGAGACUUUGGGGCUUAGUGCCAGCCGGCUUGUAUCUUCCAGCUCCUCCAUUAUAUUGCCCUCAGCCAGCUUGUCUUAGUGAAGAAGAUGGUGAUGAUCUUCUUAUAAAAUCUGAAAAAGAUUACCGCCAGAAGGUAUCUGGAAUCCUGCAGCGUAUUCUCUUGCUCUUCCGGGCAGCUCGGUGUUCGUUUCCUGCAGCACAGUGGUACAUUCUCCAGUUGAGGUGGGCAAGAAAAGUCAUGCAGAAGAUUCGCCUAAAAGGGUCCCUUCCUUCCUUGAGUCCUUUCCCUCAGUCGCUCCUAAAUUACUGUAAAGGAGGGAUAGCAUUCUUUAGACCUGGAGCAAGUGGAGACCACAAGCUUGAGGAAGUGUCCAGUAAAGUCACCGGUUGCUUUAGAGAACUUUGUGCUUUGUGUUGGAUGCUGCAUAUCCGUGAAAAGUUGUCCUAUAGUUGCAGGCAAUAUCAGAAAGCAAGAGAAAAUAUGGGGAAGAAAAAGGAAUUUGAAGUGAAGUUUGAUUCUUGUAUGGUUGAGCACUGCCUUAGUGCUGUGGAAUGGGCUUACAGAAUGCUACCUUUCUCCCGAUUUUUGAAUAUUGAAGAACUCACUCAAGAUAUAAUUUUGAGUCUCCUUGGAGAACUGCCACCCCUCAGAAAAGUAGCAGAAAUUUUCAUGAAAGCAUUUCCCAAUCCUGAGGACGUAAGGGUUCCUUUAAGAGAAAAGUACCAUUCCCUUCAACAGAGACUCAGACACUGUGUUGUGACAGGUCCCCAAAGUGAGGAAAUUAUGUCUGUUACCAUGCAUUCGAUCCAUAAAGUGUGGGUGAAAGCUCUAAAGCGUGUGUGGAGAAAUAUAGGUCCUUUUGAGACAAACGUGUGGGAACCAAUGGAUGAAGAAAAACCAGAUGAUGCUUCAGCUUUGGACAGGCUUUCCCUGGGGACUAGUUUGAGCAGGAGUACGCUCACAGGUCUGGGGAGUUCCCUGGUUCACAGUGAUGCUGAUACAGCAGACACUUUGUCUGAAGCUCUGUCCAUGGAAGGAAAAAACAGAAUACAUUCCUAUCACAGAAAUACCUCAAGUCAUAUAGAGUUAACAUCGAAGAGUAAGCCCAAUGAAAAAAAGAAACUAUAUAAUCCAAAAGAGAACGCUAAGAGAAAAGAAGACGAGAAGUCAUCCCAAAAUACAGUUCCUGUAGUAGGUGUUUGGGAAUUUGAACGUGACGAUGACGAAUAUAUUCAAUUCCUUGAUCUCUUCUUGAGUUAUGUUCUUGAAAGAGACCUCCUUACUUCCAGGGAUCCUGGCAUUCCAUUUCUAACCAGUUUCUCGUCACAUCUCAGAGAAUACGAACUUAAUUCCUUAGUUUUUGAUGUGCAUACAACAUUAAAACGCCGUCAGGGCAAAACCCAAAGCCAGAACGUUUUCAGAGCUGGCUCUUGCUUUGCUGUUGCUCCUGAGUCAUAUGACUGUGAAAAUGCAUCGGCCAUAAACAAUGACUGCGCCAGACAUUUGGAAAACCAGGCACUUCCUGCUUCAGUAGUGGUUAAACAAGGCAUUAAACCUUUUGUUGAGAAACCUUUUGAUGGAGUCAGUAAAAAUGAAGUAAAGAGUGGAUUGUUUGGUUUAAAACAAAAGUCAAUUUACAGAAUGCAAAAUGACAGUCAGGAGAAGCCUCUAGUCCACAGAUUGUCAACCCCUGUUUCUUGGACUCCCAAUUCCAUUAACAGGAGAUGUCUUUUCAGAGCAAUUGAAAACAGCGAUCUUAUUCCUCAAGAAGAUCUUCCUCUAGCACUAAGUAAUCCAUUUGGCAGUAUUGGCAGGCUGCUCGAAUGGAUGAUAAGAUGGUCCGAUAGAAGGUUACUCUGUGAUUCUAAUAGCUUGGAGCCAUCCUGGGAGUACAGUCCAGUAAUUCGUAUAAAGACCUCUACAGCGGCCAUUCUGACAUCCUUGUGGCUUUUAGGACAACCCUAUUUUGCAACAUACAAAGCAAAAUACGGUACUAUUAUGGUUCAAGAGAAUCAUCACUCUAGAGGUCAGGCUGAACCCGAGAUUGAAGAUGAGAGUGAAGCAGAAGCCGGCUGUGCAGUUGCUCUAGCAGCUAUAGCUGGGGCUGAGGAGUCAAAGUACCGAAGCGAAUCUUGUCAGAAUAUCUUGAAAGUGCCAACUGAAGAAAAAAAAACUGAAGUAAAAGAAAUCAGUGAUGAGAUUAUUUCUGUCUCUCAUAAUCCUGACAAAGAACUUGAGAACAUUGACGAGGAUCCUUUAGAAGAAGUAGAAACAUUCACCCAAGAGGAAAUGGAUAUACACCUAGCAGACUGUGAAGAAAACACCCAAGAGCCCAUUGAAAGUCUCAGAAGUGCCAGUGUUGCUGUUUGUCUGCAGACCUUACCACAGCUUUUGGAAGUUCAUUCCACAGGAGAAGUUCAGUGUUCAAGAGAAGCACCAUUGAAGAUAAAAAUGGCAAAAAACUUGACUGAGCAGAAAAGUAUGAUUGACGGCUUUUCAACUACAGAACAUACGAUUCCUCACUCACUCUGUGAUACAAGUUCAGAGAUUUCUAGUGCACAUAUUCCUCCUUCUAAGGGUGAAUCUUCCUCAGUUCCACCUUUCGUAUCAAAAGGAGACAAUGCCUCUCCACGAACACCUGUGCCAUCACCUCGCAAGACUCAGAGAAAUGAACCCAGGACUGAAUUACCAGACUCUUCGGAUUCUGUAAGGCAAAUGCUCCAAGAUGAAAUGUUUAAAUUAGUUCAGCUGCAACAGAUCAACUUCAUGAGCCUAAUGCAGGUGGUUGGGUCGUCCUUUGCUAAUCUCCCGAAUAUACAGCAUCUUGUACAGCAGUCUCAGUCUGUGCAUUUGGUGGGAAGCCAAGUACCAAACCCCAUAAGAGGGAGUAGUGAUGUUGAAGAUACCGGUGGAAAUCUUAAGAACAGGAUUUUAAUUAAACCACAGUCCACAGGAGAAUACACCAGAGAGUGUGGCAAUCCCAGCCCACAUGGUCAGCAAAGAGUCGAGCAAUCCGAUCAAAACAGGAAUGGAAAUGUACAGAAUAUUUCACAUGAGAGUAUUCCUUUAAGUCAUUUAGAAGGCCAACCCCAAGAGAGAAGACUAACUCCAACAUCUCACAACUUACCACCCACUAUGUUGUCUCCAGCCCCUGCUGCCAAUACUCACCUGCACCUUUUGUCCAUGUCUGCCAUUCAGAAGACACCUCAGCUUAUCCCAGCAGCGAAAAUGGUCACUCCUGGUGAUGGGUUUCCUCUGCUCCAGUUCCAGCCAAAGCAUGAAUUCAAGCCACUUCCCUUGUCUACCGGAAGAGUUCCACCAGUUCCCUUCAGGCCUCUGCCACAACCAAAAGAGGCUUGGGGGGUUUCAGGUUCCUUCCAGCCUCCUCUUUCACAGAGAGACAUACACACUACUGCGGCCUCCCUCUUGAAUUUGAACCAGUACAAUCCUGAAGCCAUAAAAAAGGCAGCUGAACAGAAGAGGUGGGCAGAAACGGUAAAUACAGAAAUGCCUGCACAUCUGAACUUGGAUCAGUAUGUGGGACCAGAAAACUUUGCACCUCAAAAGAGCUCUUCAAAAUUUAUGAAACCAGAAAGGCCAUUUGAGAUUACACCCGGUCUCCAUGAGAAAUCUCCUCUGAAUUCCUCUGGACUUCCAUUACUGCACCUGCAGUUUAACCCUCCGUACAUGUUCGUGUCUGCCUCCAGAGCAUCCGUCCCUGUGCCCUCAGUCCCAGCCGGAAUGGGAGCUAGAGAGAGGAAGUACUCCCGAUUGUCAUUACUUCCUUCAUAUCCAUCCUCAGAGAACACGUAUAAAAAACCACAGCUUAUCCCACUUGAAAACCUCCUUGCAUUUAAACAAAACCAACAGAGACAAGCACACAACUUACUUGGACAAGGCGAUCCUGGACAAAUUCAGCUUCUAAAUGGAAAAAUGGAAUCAUCUGAAAUGAAACAUGAAAAGGAGAAUAAAAGAAGGCAAAGACGACGAACUCAGAAAGAGCUGCAAGAAAAAACUUCAGAGAAAUUGAGAAAAGAAUCCUGCGUGACUUUCCAACCAAAGGAGUCCGUCAUUAAUGAUAAUGACUCGGAGAUGAGACCCAAGGAACAGCAGGAACGUGAUGGUUCUCAGCCUUUGGAUGACUUUGACAUUCCUUUUGAGAUGCUCCAAGGUGACGUUACUACUUCGGCUGGAUUGCAUUUCAUGGCCUCUGUGAAGAAGAAAGCAAUAGAAAGCCAGGAUGCAAGUACAAAUACAGACCCAGUACAAGAUAAGGAAGCUGCUUCUCAAGAACUUGUUUCUGAAUGUGGUAAAAAUCAACUCAUUUCUUCAGCAUCAGAACAUGAACCCUUGCAUGUUCCUCAGCUGUUGACUCCAGAUGUAUAUGUGGACCUCAAGUUUCCCACUACAAUCUCAGAGAAACCUUUGUCACCUUUAAUGGAAGCAAAUUCGGUUGGACACACUUACAUUGAUGUGAUUGACAUUGAAGCUGACGAUCUUCAGGAAUUACCUGCCAGAGAAGAACCUUUGGAUGCUAACGUGACUAAACUGUCAGGCGAUCAUCUAGAAGGCCCAUCUUCUGCAGAGUUACAUUGUAUGGCAGCGUCACUUAAUAAUGCUGUGCCCCCCCACAAUAUUAAGAGUCAAGAAUCUGCUACUUCUGGUAUGGAUUUAGUUCUUAAACCUGCAAGCAUGUCUCCCACCUGUCUGGAUGGAAGAAGCUGGAGAGCAGGUAGUGCAGAAAUGAAGGAGCCUCGUAUGAUCUCACCUACACCAUCAGAAGUACAGCAGAACAAAGACCUAGAUCUGCUAACGUCUGAGUUCCAAUUCAAAGAGCACAGCCCAGAGCCAGCAGCUGCAGAUGAUCACCUGUUGUGGAAACUGCUGCACGAGGCUCCUGAUAUGUCACCUCCCCUGAGUCCUACAGCUCGCAAACUAGAGCAUCUCACGUCUAAGCUUCAGGAAAUUGAUGAGCAGCUACUGGCCAUACAGAACAUUGCUGACAACAUCGAGCAGGAUUUCCCCAGGCACGGAAUGGUUGAAGCAAUGGAUCACACUGAAUUAUAUUCUGGCCCUGAAUGUGAUCAAGUACUGCCUUCAAAAACCAGAAGCAUCUCUGACGAAGUGCAUUUCCUGACACAUUUGGGUGAAGAAGAGCGAAGUAAUGAAGAGAAAACUUCCGAGACUGAAUUGUCUGAAACAGAAAGUUACUCUAGUCAUAAGGCCUUUGUGUCUGCAUCUGCCACCUCAGCCGUCAGCCCUUCCACUGACCAGAAUACGGCUUCCACUGGUAUGAAUAACAGUCAUGAGUUGCAUGAGAGUGUUCCAGCAGAUCCGCUCCACAUGACUGGACUGAGCGAUAUUGCAGACAUCAUUGAUGACCUGAUUACAAAGGAUGGGGUCUCCAGUGAAGAGCUUGGCUUAACAGAACAGCAAGCUAAGACUUUCUCCAGGAUCCGGCACACUUCUGACAGACGUUCACAAAGAACUGAGAAGGAGAGGAGGGAGAUUCGCAUCUGGAUGAAAAGAAAACGAAAGGAGAGGAUGGCGGAGUACCUGGAUCAGCUGGCAGAAAAGAGAGGGCGGGAGCACGAGCCUUUCUGCCCCAGGACCCGUCCAUUUUACCUGACUUCACGGGAACUCAGGCGAAGACAGAAGAUGAAGCAUGAAAAAGACAGGUUGCUACUCUCUGAUCACUACAGUCGUCGAAUCUCACAAGCAUACAGUCUCAUGAAUGAACUGCUCUCUGAAUCUGCCCAGAAACCACUGCCUCAGAAAGGCAGAACUGCUCAGGUUCCCAGAAAGCACCGCUCAACUGGUCCAAACGGAACAAAUCAGUAUGGUCACAAUUUUCCAAUCAAUCGACCUGGCAAAAUCAGCUAUCAAACAAAACCGAGAGAUAGUGCAAACGGAAUCCCUCGGGAACAACAGUGUCACGGUUCACUUUGGCAAGGAGGCUCUGGAGCUCCAUGUCAUAGUCCUCAGCACACAAAAAAAUACAGACGUGCUGGGCAUGUGCCGCAAGCCAUGGAGGUGUGCAUAGAAUAUGAGAGAGAGGAAACUGUGCUGAGUCCCUGGACACUCCCUCCAGAGAUCCAUGAGAUUCUGCAUGCGAGCCAGGAUUCCCUUCUGAAAGGCUUGUCGCCAUCUGAAAAGGAAGAGCCAGAACCUUGUAUGGGGUUGAGCGGCAUGGACAGCGUGUCUGACAGCACUGGCAGCAUCCUCAGCAAGCUCGACUGGAACGCCAUUGACGACAUGGUGGCCGGAGUGGAGAACAGAAGUCCGUCUGUCCACUUGGCCAUGGGCCUGUGACCUGGAUAUCAUCCAUCCUUAGUCCAAGAAGGGAUAACCCCUUAGAUCGGCACUGAAAGACCUGUGGGUAUAAGGGAAAGGGGAGGAAGGAGGGAGUAAUGUAAACUUGUCACCUGCAGUCCAAUUAUUAUCUGGAUUAGCCAUUUCAUAUGGGAAAAUAAACAGUUUUGAUAAUUUCACUUCAUGGAAAAAGGGUUAAGUAUACAUUUAUUUUAAGGUUGGUUUUUGUUUGUUUGUUUUUUUUGCAUUUGACUCAUCUUGGCAAAAUAAAAAAGGCAAUUCCUUUCAAAUCAAGUUUGUAUAAUAUUUGAAGAACUUUCAAUAAAAAUCUUAUUUCCUGCCUCCUUCA